AUGGCAAUUCAUUCGCUUUUCUGUUAUAACAAACCAACGCGUUUCGCACCAGGUUUAUUUGAAUGGGGAGAGGAAAGAUCCACUGAGAAACUCUACGAGUUUGCGAGUUCCAGCAUGAGAACAGUAAUUGAUCGAUACAACAAAUCAAAAGAAGAACAUAAUCAACUUGGGAGUCCAGCCUCUGAAAUUAAGUUCUGGCAAAGGGAGGCAGCAGUGUUAAGGCAGCAAUUGCAUAAUUUGCAAGAAAGUCACCGGCAAAUAAUGGGCGAAGAAUUAUCAGGUUUGACAGUCAAAGAACUACAGAGUUUGGAGAACCAAUUGGAAAUCAGUCUUCGUGGUGUUCGUGUGAAAAAGGAGCAACUUUUUAUGGAUGAAAUACAAGAACUAAAUCGACAGGGAGACAUCAUACACCAAGAAAAUGUAGAGCUGUAUCAGAAGGUCUAUGGAACAAAAGAUAAGAAUGGAACAAACAGAAAUUCUGUUCUCACGGUUAGUCUAGGCAUAGGAGACGAUUCACACGUGCCUGUGAAUCUCCAGCUCAGCCAGCCGCAGCAACUACACUACCAAGCAGCUUCAGGAACUACAAAACUGGGCAGACUACAAUUGCAUUGA